UGGAAGAAGCUGAGGAUUUGGUGAAGAAGAUGCCAAUUCCACCAAAUGAAAUUGUUUUGGGGUCCCUUUUGGGCGCUUGUUAUUCACAUGGUAAGUUGAGGCUGGGGGAGAAGAUUAUGAGAGAGUUGGUUCAGAUGGAUCCCCUCAACACAGAAUAUCAUAUUCUUCUUUCAAACAUGUAUGCAUUGUGUGGAAGAGUAGACAAGGAAAAUUCCCUUAGGAAGGUUCUUAAGAGUAGGGGUAUCAGAAAGGUGCCAGGAAUGAGCUCCAUAUAUGUAGAUGGCCAACUUCAUCGGUUCAUUGCUGGGGAUAAGUCACACCCAAGAACUGCAGAUAUUUACAUGAAGCUUGAUGACAUGAUAUGCAAGCUGAGGUUGGCUGGCUAUGGUCCCAACACAAAUUGCCAAUUUCUGUUUGGUUGUCCCAAUGGGGAUGAUUGCAUGGAAGCAAUGGAGGAGGUAGAACAAGUGUUGUUCACUCAUAGUGAGAAGCUAGCACUUUGUUUUGGCCUAAUGAGCAAACCAUCUGGUUCUCCCCUAUAUAUUUUCAAGAACUUAAGGAUAUGCCAGGAUUGGCAUUCUGCUAUUAAGAUUGCUUCUGAUAUAUACAAACGUGAAAUUGUUGUUCGAGAUCGUUAUCGUUUUCAUAGUUUCAAGCAAGGUUCUUGUUCUUGCUCUGACUAUUGGUGAAUUACCCUUUAACCUGACAGACCUUUUUGGACCAGCAGAUUGAAGUUUCAUUAAUCAGGACUAAGGAGAAUAACUGGGCUUACAAUUCAGAUACAUUAUUUUUGUACAAUGCUUUCUACAAUAAUAUCCUUUUUCUCUAUCA